AUGGGAGACCCUAGCAAGCCCAAUACCUGGAUAAAGGACGUUCAUGAUCUGCCAAACACCGUUAGUCUUGUUGGGAUCAUUUACGUCCUAUACCUCGUCGGGCAGGUUGUGGUUAAUUCUAUGACUCACUUCCAGAAGCUGAAAGAUACUUGCAGAGAAGACGGCGAAAUAUACCAUGGAUCCCGAGAGCAUAUGCUACGGGCUGGCAUAGCUGAAGUCGCCGAUAUGCGGUCAUUGAAGAAUACGAGAGCGAAAUGGCUGGAUGCGAGCAAGCUGGUGAUUCGUCGUCGUCUGCACCGAGUCAUUACGGCUAUCGGUCGAACCUUUGAACGCUCAUCGGGGUCACCCGAUGAGCUAUCCUUUGGAGAUGAUGGCGGGCCGGAUCGAAGGGCGGAAGUGAGUGAUGCAGCAGAGACGGUCAGGCAAGUCCAAUUCCUUCUGCGGUAUGGUGAUUAUGCUGGCAUGGUGUGGAAUGUUCUACGUCGGAUCUCGCGACUUUCCGACACGCCUCUGCCAGACUUUGUCGUCUCAUUCGAUACCGACCUCGACGUUGGUGGAGAAGACCAGGAUGAUGGAGCAUUGCCAGGCGGGACCCCCGCAAACUCUGAUGCCACUGUUAAUCGCGAUUGUACCUAUGUCCGGCCCGAUGGAAAGUCCAAUCCAAUGGAGGUGUGUUGUCUUGGACGAAUCAAAGAAGGAGAAUACUAUCGGUACCUUAAAUGGAUCAUAUAUGAAACUGAAGUUUCUUCUACUUAA